AUGCUGGCACCCUCCAGGGCUGUGAUGAACCAGACGCUGGUCACCGAGUUCUUCAUUCUGGGAUUCUCAGAAACACCUGGGCUGCGAACGCUGCUCUUUUUCGGCUUCCUGCUUCUGUACACAGUGGCCCUCUCUGGAAACCUGCUCACUGUGGUGGUCAUCAGUUCCAGUCCAGCCCUGCACACCCCCAUGUACUUCUUCCUGGUCAACCUGGCGGUGGUGGACAUUCUCUGCACGUCCACGAUCCUGCCUGAGCUUCUGGUGGCCAUGGUGGCCAGCGAGACCAUCUCCUACGGGGGCUGCAUGGCCCCGCUCUUCUGCUUCACGUGGUCCACGGGGGCUGAGCUGCUGCUCUUCUCGGCCAUGGCCUUCGGCCUGAUCAACACCAGCGUGAACACAGGUCUCUUGCUUCGCCUGCCCUUCUGCCGCUCCAACGUGGUGGAGCACUUCGUCUGUGAGGUCCCCCCUCUGCUGAAGCUCUCCUGCGCCCCGACCCAGCUGAAUGAAGCCAUGGCCUUGACGGCAGACAUCUUCCUGGCGGUGGGGAACUUCUCGGCGAUCACGCUCUCCUGCUGCUGCGUCAUCGCCAGCAUCCUGCGCAUGCGCUCGGCGGUGGGAGAGCGGCGCGCCUUCUCCACCUGCUCCUCCCGCCUCCUGGUGGUCACCUUGUACUACCCCACCAUCAUCUACACUUAA